CAAAACCCAAUUAGUCAAAAUCUCAGUCCAAAUUAGUCAAACCUUCACUAUCCCUCAAAUUUAAUUUCUUUCUUCAUUUGCAAAUUAGAUUUCAUCACUUCAUCUUCUGUAUUCCAACAAUGGAAGGAGGUUUUAAGCUUCUUCUUCAUCUACCCUUCUCUGUAAAUCUACCAAAUUCCAAAAUCAAUAAAUAAAAUUCCACAUUUUUUUUACUGGGUUCUGUAACAAACAGACGAUUUACUCCUUGCUGGCAAGAUUCUCUUCUUCUUAUCUUUUGUUAUAUACUGUCUGUGAAGAAGAAAAACAAAACCCUCUUCUACUCCACCACCACACUUAGAAUUUUCUCACUUGAAUCUACAAAUUAAAAAUCAAUUUUUUCAUUCUUUCUAGGGUUUUUCAGAAAUUGGGGGUCAAAAAAUACUCCACAUAUGGGCUGUACAAGCUCAAAGUUAGAUGAUCUACCUGCCGUUAAACUUUGCCGAGAACGCUGUUAUUAUUUAGAUGAAGCGAUCCGGCAGAGGUAUGCAUUCUCUGAUUCACAUUCUGCUUAUAUUCAAUCUUUAAAAGGUUUUGGUUUUUCAUUAGAUAGAUUUUUUGAUAAUACUAAUAAUCGUAAUCAAGAUCUUGAUGAUAAGAUUCCUAUUUCUGCUUCUUCUUCACUUCGAAUUCCUUCUGGUAGAAAAGUUGUUGAUUCUCUUCCUAAUCCUCCUCCUACUUCUAAUCAAAAUGCUAAUUCUGGGUCUCAUUUGCAUUCACAUUCUAAUUCUGGUUCACAUUUGCAUUCCCAUUCUCAUUCUGGUUCUCACUUGCAAUUUCACUCUGAUUCCGAAGAUUCCGAUGAGGAUGGAGAUGGGGAUGAGUCUUCUGGAUCUCAUGACCACCACCUCCAUGACCAUCAUGAUUCACAUUUUCAGAAUCAGCAUCAUUUCAAUCAACAUGGGGGUAAUGGUAAUGGGUAUAUGACAAUGAAUUACAUGAGGAAUCACUCUACUCAGUCAGUUGUUUAUGAGCAAAGGCCAAUGAGCCCCGAGACUGUUCAUUUUGGCGAAUCUUCGUCUUCGUUUCAUCAGCCAUAUUAUUCUUAUCCUAAUUAUGAAAAUAACAUGAAUAAUCAUUAUAAUUCCGGUUCUUAUGGUUCUUAUAAUUAUCCUCCUCAACCUGUUUAUUCGAAUUAUGGAGGAAUGGGGAUGGGUGGUGGUGGUGGUUUUUUUGGUUCAUCAGCACCAUAUGGAUCUUAUUCAUCACCUCCACGGCAGCAACAUUAUUCGAUGGCUUCGUCUUCUGGUUCGAAACCGCCUCCGCCUCCGCCAUCUCCGCCAAGAGCUUCACCUUGGGACUUCUUAGACCCAUUUACUAGUACAUUUGAGAAAUAUUAUCCACCGCAGACACCGAGUCGGGAUUCUAGGGAAGUUAGAGAAGAAGAAGGGAUUCCUGAAUUGGAAGAUGAGGAUUAUCAAAAUGAAGUAGUGAAAGAAGUUCAUGGAAAUCAGAGAUUGUCUGGUGAAAGUGGUGGGGGAAAUUUCGCUAAGAAUGUCAGGAAUGAAGAUGGGAAGAAGAAGAAGCUGAAGAAGAAGGCAAUUGAUAGGGAAGAUGCUUAUCAAACGAGGAAUAUUGUACCUGAAAAGAAUCAGGGAGUCGAAUACGAGGUGCAUUUGGUAGAGAAGAAUUUUGUUGCUAAAGAGGAACAGCCUAAAGAACCGAUAAAUGUGGCUGCUUUUAAGGGUCGGUUCACAACUGUUUCCGAGGUUGUGAGAGAAGUUAAGGCUCAGUUUGAGAGAGCUUCAGAUUCCGGAAUUGAGGUUGCGAAGAUUCUCGAAGCUGGAAAACUUCCAUAUAACCGGAAGAAUGCUGUUUAUCACGUGUCUUCAAAGAUGUUGCACUCAAUAACACCUUCGAUGUCGGUUGGGUCUUCACAGCCUUCUACGCCUCCCUCUUUAGAGAGAGAUGGUUCUGUUUUCUUGGAAUUUAAUGGUGAUAUUCAGAGGAAAUUAUUGAAUCUUUCAUCGACUUUGCAAAAGCUGUACAAUUGGGAAAAGAAGCUUUACGAGGAAGUCAAGGCUGAGGAAAAGAUGCGGCUAAUCCAUGAAAGGAAGAGCCGCCGGUUAAAGCGUAUGGAUGAGAAGGGUGCCGAGGCUCAUAAAGUUGAUGCAACACGGAUUCUAGUCCAGACUUUGUCCACAAAAAUUCGAAUUGCCAUUCAGGUUGUUGAAAAGAUAUCAGUCAAGAUAAAUAAGUUGAGGGAUGAAGAGUUAUGCCCACAGAUUAAUCAACUUAUUCAUGGCUUAAUUAAGAUGUGGGCAGUUAUGCUGGAGUGUCAUCGGAACCAGUGUCAGGCUAUAGCAGAGGCAAAAAAUUUAGAUGCCAUUGCAUUUAACAAAAAUCUAAAUGACGAUCAUCUUGAAGCUUCUGUGCAGCUUGAAUUGGAGCUUCUUAACUGGAUUUUGCGCUUCUCUAGUUGGGUUAUUGCUCAAAAAGCCUUCGUGAAAGCCUUGAACAGUUGGCUUCUUAAAUGUCUUCUCCAGGAACCCGAAGAGACAGAGGAUGGAUUAGCUCCCUUUAGUCCCGGUAGGAUUGGUGCACCCCCAGUUUUUGUGAUUUGUAACCAGUGGUUUCGCGCUAUGGAGAGAAUCUCCGAGAAGGAGGUGCUUGAUACCAUGAGGGUUUUUGCUGCAAGUGUACAUCACCUCUGUGAGCAACACAAUGUGGAGCUGCGUCAGAGGAUGACAGGAAACCGGGAUUUGGAGAGAAGAGUGAAGGCUAUUGAGAGGGAGGAGCAGAAAAUGCACAAGGCAUUACAGGUUGUUGACAAGCAGAUGGUAUUGUUGUCUGGACAGGGUUAUGGUCUUUCUCUUCCUGAAAUAGUAGAACCAAGUGAUACAACUAAUGCUAUUAGUCUACAGUCAGGGCUGAAAAGGAUUUUUGAGUCUAUGGAGAGGUUUAUGGCCUCCUCUAUGCAAGCUUAUGCAGAGCUUAGAGUUAUUGGUGAAGAAGCCAGGGUUGGUCGUGAAAAUGCACAAGUUACAUAGGCUUGUCAAUCAGGAAUCAUCUUCGUCAUUCUGUAACAAUUAUGAGGAGCUUGAUGAUCCUUGAUGUGCUAUGCCAACUCUUUAGUAGAGCAGCAUGUGGAAGUUCCACUAAUGUCUGCUGAAUUCUUUCGAGGUUGAAUGUUGACGCUUCUCAAUUACACUGAUACCAAAACUUGCAGAGAUGGAAAAGAGUGGUUUUGUGCGGCCCAAAAAGGGGGGACUAGGCCAGCAGGGAUAAUGUUGGAGGAUGUAGGUUAGUCUGGCUGGUGGGGUGGCAACGGAUCUAAGGUAGUUGAAGAUAUGUAUAAGGGCAGAUAUCAAUGGAUCAUAAAGUUCAAGUAGUUUUCUUGUCAUCAUCGUUGUAAUGAAUAAGGAGCUUCCGGUUCUUUUGUCUCUUCACUAUUAUUAACAUCAUCAAAACGUCCAAUUUAAGUACUGCCAAGAUAUAUGGUUUUCCGGCUAUAAUGUUGCCUGUAGUUGGUGGAUGGUGGUAAAGAUGUUGUAGCUUCAGGGAAAAGUCGAACGAUCACGAAGCUAAUUUAUCUGAAGUGGAUUUGACGAAAGAGAGAUUCGUGAAGCUAUUACUUGGUGAAGACAUGUCUUUGGGUGGAAAGGAUUCUGUACAGCUCCUGCGCUUUGGUUAUAAAUCUCUCUGAAAAUGUGGCAGCUGUGAACAUGUGCAUGUAAUGCAAGGGGCUGGCGAUCAGCAUGGGAUGGCAAGGUCAAGUACUCAAGUGCUUUGCUUAUGAUAUUGUAAAGAGUCAGUUUAUGCGCAACGAUCUCAGAACUUUAAGGCUUUGUUAUCCUGGCAGCAAGAUCCAAUACGGCUAGGAUAUUAACAAUUGCAAUGCAAGGGGUGGUGACGUGAAACUGCAUUCUUCAUGAUGGCCAGAGUUUGGUGACUGCAAUUUUAGCAAGUUCUUAUCUGCUAUACCAAUUGUUGUUGUGUAGAUCAGUCCAUACUGCUGACUACUUGUUAAAAAGUAAAAUUACAAAUUAUAAUUUAUAUCCUUUUUGCAUAAGUAAACCUCCCAGAAUAAGAAAAUAAAUUUCUGUUGCACUCAAUUGAGUCUCCAUCAUCAUAACAUUGAUCAUUUCGUUAGGCCUGGCAUUAUUCUUA